AUGCAAAACAAGUUCCGUUUGCUCUCCAAGUUUUGUGAAGAAUUGCAUACACCAAUCUGGUCAUCGGAUAACUCGAUGAAAAUGAUUUUUUUCACUGACAAAGACAUUCAAGAACAAGGAUUUCUGGCUAGGUUUCAAGCAGUAGGUGAAUGUGGUGGCAAUCUGAGAAUGGACAAAGGAAGCAUAAGCAGUCCCGGCUUCCCACUCCUAUACCCACCAAAAAGCAACUGCGUCUGGAAAAUUGAAGUCCCCGCGGGAUUCUCCGUUCUUCUCACUUUCACGACUGUCGAUGAUUUGAUCAGCGGUGGCCGGUAUGGUCGUGAGCUCGGAUGCCGUGAAGGUUGCUUCAAGAUUGAUGGUCACGGCAUUCGCGUGGCUGGCAUACAGGGUUCUCAGAGUGUUGUUUUCUUCGUCUCUACAUUCGAAGACUAUUGGCUGCCACUUGAAGGUUCAUUCUGUAUGUACGACUACGUACAAAUCAAGGAUGGAUCUUCUGAAACCUCACCUAUUCUGCCCAAGAUAUGUGGAAAUCAGCUACCGGAUGCUAUUGUGUCCACCACGAACGCGAUCAUCGUCACCUUCAUCUCAGACGAUAUGGUCCACCAUCACGGGUUCAACGCCAGUUUUGAAAAGGGUAAGGCUAUAUGA